GGCUUAGCCUGGCCUCCUCCCGCCCCCCCCCCGACGCGCGCGCGCGCCUGCGCCUGCCGCACCCGCCACCCGCGCGCGUGGCGCGAUCUGGGUGCGCGGCAGCUCGGCGCCAGAGGCGCCAGCGGGGCGUCGCUGGCCACCCUGCAGGCCCCAGGCCAUGGGGUGCGCCGUGUCGGCGGCGGGCGCCGCGGGGCUGCCAGGGGCAGGAGGACCCCCCCCCUCGACCGCGCGGAGUCCCUGCGUGGCCGUUGGACCCGCGCUCGGCGCAGCGCCAGAUCCCGACGGCUGCUGCCGCCGGGCGGGCGGCGGCGGCGGCAGCCCGAGGCUCAAGCCGGGGCCCACAGACGCCUCCGCUGCCACGGAGGAAGGCGCGGAGGCGGGCGGCGGCCCGCUGGAGAGCCGCGUGGACGAGCGCGAGAUCAGCGUGACCCUCGACAAGGGUGAGGGCGUGUUGCUGGGAUUCUGCGUCCGCAGCGUCGGAAGCGGAUGCGGCAUGGUGGUGGAGAGCCUCCAAGAUGAAGGUGCUGUCAGGGAGUGGAACGAGCUGCACCCGCUCGAGGACGUGAGACCCGGGGACAUGGUCGUCGAGGUCAACGGCCGCCGCGGAGGCUACGGGGCGAUGCUGGCCGAGCUCCAGAAGGCCAGCCUCCCCAUGCUGCCCCAGUGGCCUCGACCUCGACCUCGACCUCGACCUCGACCUCGGCCUCGACCUCGUCCUCCAGAGGGUCGGCGAGAUCGGCAUGUGCGUGCUGCGGCGCGAGCCAGAGGCAGCCCAGGAGGCGCCCGCGCUGCCGGAGCCCGCCGCCCCGACCGCGGCCCCCGCCGAGAUCGCGGCCACGUGCGACCGGCUGCCCUGGCCCGCAGGGCGCGACCUUGGGCCCGCCGCACGGCACCAGGUGCCGCCCUCGCUGCUGAGGCUGCAGUUCCGCUCCUUGGGACCGGAAGACUUCGAGCAGCUGCUGAUGCUCGACGAGUGCUUGCCCAAGUGCAACACGGCGCCACAGGGAUUGGUGGACCGCCUCGAGCGCGUGAGCUCCGAGGACCUCGGCGUGGCCCAGUGCAGGAGAUCUGCUUCGAGGACGUGGAGCCCCACGAGCACCUGAUGCGGCUGCCGUGCCGGCACGCCUUCCACCAGGCCUGCGCGGAGCGGUGGCUGACCCAGCACCGCAGGCACUGCCCGCUCUGCUCCGCCGCGGUCGAGGGGGACCCAGCGGACGCGGCGGAGGGCGCCGCCGCAGCGGCGGCGCCGGGCGCCGUGUCGGAGGUCGUCCCUCUGGCCUACUUCGCGAGCUCUGGCGGGAGAGGCGCCCUGGGAGGUGGAACCCGAUGGGCUGGUGCUCUCAGGAGGCGUGGGUCUGCUGAGGCUCCCGCAGCAAGUUGGUGUCCUGCUCGCGUGGCGGGCUACAGUCAAGCGAUGCCUCGCUGCCGUGCACCCGCGUCUCCUCCUGGAGAAGCACGGCGUAGCUCUUUUUGA